AAAUGUGUUGAUUUACUCAACUUUUUGGUUUUAUUCCAGCCUGGAAGAACCUUCACAAAAAGUGCCAAAGCAAAACCGCUCACAAGAAAGAGCAGAAGUAAAAGCCCAAGUGGCAAGAAAAAGGGCAAAAGAGCAAAGUCAAAGGAAGUAAAGCCUUUGAAGCCCCCUGUUGAUAUGCUAUCACAGCCUGCAAUGGAGAACUUAUAUUAUAUAGCACAUGGCCCUGUUGAUGCUUUGACAAUGAGAGGGUUUGGAUGGUCAGGGGGAGGAGGUAAGAAGAAAAAAGGCAAGAAAGGGAAAAAGAAGAAAUGAGGAGAUAGAGUUGGUGCUGAGAUGUAAAAUCAAAUGUGUAUGUGGUCUAAUCUAUAUGCAUGCAAAUAAACUGUGAAUAGAUUAGAAUGUAUCAUAGAAUAUGAUAGAAUAGGCAGCCUAUGUGUAAGUGCUGUAGGCGUAUUAGAGGCGAGUCGGGUGAUCUGUUGCCAUGGUAACCAUGACAAUAACAUCUUCAGGUUAUGUCAAACUAGCAAAUUUCUGUGGCCUUAGCUGGAAAUGAUCAAACCUAAGUACAAUGAAAGUGUACUCCCACCAAGUGAUUGAUUCAAAUAUUGUAAAGCUACAAAUUCUCAACUCUAGAAGUUACUCAGAAAAUUAAAUAAAAAAAAAUAUGAGUAUGUGAAUUUAUAACUUUACACCAAAUGGAUAAAUUGACCCCUAACCCAUCUCAAUUGUCUACAGUACUCACAUUAAGAGGGUGCUAGUAUCAAUAACUAG